AAAAUUUCCCUCAAUGAACUUGAUCGAUGAACUUGUGGAUAUAUAAUAUGAGCUUACAGUUAUUAUCGAUAUUUUAGCAAAAUCGAAAUUCUUUGUAACGGAAACGUAGCGAAGUUCACGUAUUACGUGUACAAUUGUACGUAACAAAUUCGUCGUAAUGUGGACAGCGAUCAAAUUUAGAUAACCCAUCGUUGAAUACCAUAUAAUGAAGAAAGAAGGCUAGGAACAAAAGGGAGACGAAGUUGGGAGACAAAACAGUGGUCGUAAGGUGUAAUAAUCAUCAAACAAAAAGUUUGACACACCAAUGGCCUAUCAAACUUUUCGGCAGGAGUACCUGCAAAUGCCUGUGGUAACACGAGUUUAUACGACAGCUUGUGUCAUCACAACUCUUGCCGUGCAAUUAGAUUUAGUUUCGCCGUUUCAACUGUACUUCAAUCCCAUUUUAAUAAUAAAACAAUAUCAGUUAUGGCGUCUGAUAACGACAUUUUUAUUCUUUGGGAAUAUUGGUUUCAAUUUUUUCUUCAAUAUGAUUUUUACAUACCGAUAUUGUCGAAUGUUAGAAGAAGGAUCUUUUCGAAGAAGGACAGCUGACUUUGUAAUGAUGUUUAUUUUUGGGGGUAUCUGUAUGAUUACAUUUGCGUUUUUUGUCAACUUAUUGUUUUUGGGACAUGCAUUUACAAUCAUGUUAGUCUACAUAUGGUCACGACGUAAUCCAUUUGUGAGAAUGAAUUUUUUUGGAGUUCUAAACUUUCAGGCACCAUAUUUGCCAUGGAUACUUCUUGGAUUUUCUAUACUGCUAGGUAAUGCUAUAUGGGUAGAUCUUGUUGGGAUGGCUGUUGGACAUAUGUACUAUUUUGCUGAAGAUGUUUUUCCACAAAUAAGAGGAGGUUUUCGUAUUCUUCAGACUCCACAAAUAUUAAAAACAUUGUUUGACGCACAUCCAGAAGAUCCAGAUUACACUCCACCACCUGAAGAUCGACCAGGUGGUUUUAAUUGGGGUCAAGGAGCUAUGUUAUAAUUAUUUUUUCAUCUCCCUAUUUCCACGAGCCAUCCAUUGUUAAUUGAUAUAUCAAGUAAAUUUAUGAAUUUAUAUACAUUUGUGAAAUUUGAAUUUUGUUUUGCAAUUUUUACAAUUACUAACAAAGAUAAAGUGAUUUGAGCAUACACAUCUAGAUAUACGAAAUAUCUCGUAUAUACUGACUGUAUUACAAAGACUUCCAUCUGCUACCAGGGGUUACAAUUUUUUUCAUGAAAUGAUUGUGAUAGUCUCUAUACACAAGAUCACUUGUUUAUUAAAAUAUAUGUAUUAUAGAAGCAAAGAUCAAGAAUGUUGAAAUCAUUUGUAGCGAUACUAUCUUGGUGGAAGCAUUUAUUUAUACUAGCACUAACAUAACAUAAAUAAUAUUUCCAAAGUACAAAUCACAUUAAAUGUAAAGUGAAGAGACACUACAUAUUAUUUUAAGUUUAUUUAUACUUAUCUUAAAUGUUAAUAUAGCUCUGGACUAGAUACAUUAUCCAUAUGCUCAUAAUUAUUUUACUGCAAUAAAAAUCGACCGUUACCAAAUGAAGUAGUAAUAUUAUCAAUGAUUGUUACUUUUAAUAAAAUACGAGUCAAACUGUA